CAACGCCGGUGUGCGCUGAGCCACGGUUCGGUUGGGUACGCAUCGCAGCAGCAGGGGAGAGGGAGCGCGCUGUGGCCAUGGCGUCGCUGUCGCUCACCGCCGUGGCUGCAACCGCGGCGAGGCCAAGCAGCAGCUGCAGCGGGAGAGGCCGCCGUCUCAAGGUCUCCUCCAUGGCCACACAGAAGGGCCAGAAGCCGACGCCGAAGACCAUCUCCGGCACAGGAAGAUCAGGCACGACGGUGUUCCCGCUGGGCGAGCCGGGCCCGCGCCCGUCGACGGUCAGCGGCAAGGCGCCGGUGAAGCUGCUUACGAACGUGGAGCGGCUGCGGCUGCUGACCAAGGCGGAGCGCGCGGGCCUCCUGUCGGCGGCGGAGCGCGCUGGGCUGUCGCUGUCGGCGGUGGAGCGGCUGGGACUUCUGUCCAAGGCGGAGGAGCUGGGUGCGCUCUCGGCGGCCACCGACCCCGGCACGCCAGGGGCGCUGCUGGCGCUUGCUCUCCCACUGCUCGCGGCGGGCCCCGCGGUGGUGUACCUCGUCCCCGAGGAGCAGGCGUGGCAGGUGGCUCUGCAGGCCGUAGCCGCGCUCGUUUGUGUCAUCGGCGGGGCCGCCGCGGUCGCCGCCUCCAGCUUCGUGUCCAGACUCCAGAGCUCGUCGAGCUGAUGAACGCGCGCGUUUGCUCGCAUGCAGUAGAGUCAAGCAAUCCGAAGCAGCUGUGCAUUGCUCUGUGCUCGCUAGCAUCUUGGUAUCGCGUGGAGUACUCCUAUGCUUCUGUGAAAAUCGAUAUAUAUAUGUUGCAUCGAUCAUUUGUUGUGAGACUUACCUGGUUAACCAGAUUUCAAUUUUGUUAAUUUGUUAGA